CACGUAAACCGGAGAAGUGACGCUGCGAUCGAUGAUAAAUGACGGCUCCUGCCGCCUCCCACUGUACAGUAUUGACUGUCGACUGCCUGAUGUCGUAACGAUAUAUAUAAGCUGUCUCUCUUCUCCCUCACUCCUCACUUACAUCCUUCUCUUUCCUCUCCCUCAGGAAAUCAUCCCCAAAACCAACCUCUCCUUCAGAAAAUCAUCAACACUCAUCAUGGCGCCCAUGGCUGACAUGGAUGUCUCCAUGGCGAGUCUCUCAGCUUACGGCAAAGCUCGUUCAACCGUCAAAGAAACCCCUCUCACUGACGAAGAGCUCAAACUCACAGAUGAUUACAUGCGAGCCAGUCUUUAUCUCUGCCUGGGCAUGCUGUACCUCCGACACAAUCCUCUAUUGAAGGAACCUCUCAAAGUCGAUGACCUGAAGGCCAGACUGCUCGGCCACUGGGGGUCUGACGCUGGCCAAAUCUUCACCUAUGUCCAUAUGAAUCGUCUCAUCAAGAAGUACAAUCUCAAUGCUCUCUUCAUCUCCGGCCCCGGCCAUGGUGCCCCGGCUGUCAUCUCUCAAUCCUACCUCGAGGGUGUCUACAGCGAAGUCUAUCCCGACAAGUCCGAGGACGUUGAAGGCAUGCGGAAAUUCUUCAAGCAAUUCUCCUUUCCAGGUGGAAUCGGCAGUCAUGCCACUCCUGAGACGCCCGGCAGUCUCCACGAAGGUGGUGAACUGGGCUACUCCAUCAGCCACGCCUUUGGUGCCGUCUUUGACCACCCAGAACUCAUUGCUCUGACCAUGGUCGGUGAUGGUGAAUCAGAGACUGGACCUUUGGCCACCAGCUGGCACAGCACCAAGUUCCUCAAUCCCAUUACAGAUGGCGCAGUUCUCCCGGUGCUCCAUCUGAAUGGUUACAAGAUCAACAACCCUACAGUGCUUGCUCGUGUCAGCCACACAGAGCUCGAAUCGCUAUUUAUCGGUUAUGGCUGGACUCCAUACUUCGUCGAAGGAAGCGACCCUAUGAGCAUGCAUCAAGCCAUGGCCGCCACCUUGGAAAAAUGUGUCACGGAUAUUCGAGGCUACCAGAAGAAGGCGCGUGAGUCUGGCAAGGCUUUCCGUCCCUUCUGGCCUAUGAUCGUGCUCAGAAGUCCAAAGGGUUGGACAGGCCCUCGUACUGUUGAUGGUCACUACCUGGAAGGAUACUGGCGAUCUCAUCAGAUUCCCCUGCCUGAUGUGGCUUCGAGCCCUGAACACCUCAAACUCCUCGAGGACUGGAUGAAGAGCUAUACACCAGAGAAGUACUUCACCGAAGACGGAAAGUUGAUCCCAGAACUCAAGAAGCUCGCGCCAGAAGGCAACGCCCGGAUGAGUGCUAACCCGGUCUCGAACGGUGGACUCAUCAAGAAGCCGUUGAGGCUGCCCGACUUCCGCGACUACAAGAUCAAUGUCCCACAUGGUGGAACGACCGACGCACCCAGCAUGGCCAACAUGGCUGUCUUUCUCCGAGACAUCAUCCAGAAGAAUCAGACCAACUUCCGCCUCUUUGGGCCCGAUGAGACGGAAUCCAACAAGCUUGCCGGAGUGUACAAGGCUGGCAAGAAGGUUUGGAUGGGUGAAUACUUCCAGGAAGAUGCCGAUGGUGGCAACCUUGCCCCUGAAGGUCGUGUCAUGGAAAUGCUGAGCGAACACACUUGUGAGGGCUGGCUCGAAGGAUAUGUUCUCUCUGGACGACAUGGUCUCCUCAACAGCUACGAACCAUUCAUUCACAUCAUCGACUCAAUGGUGAAUCAACACUGUAAGUGGAUCGAGAAAUGCCUCGAAGUUGAAUGGCGAGCCAAGGUGGCAUCCCUCAACAUCUUGUUGACAGCGACUGUCUGGCGUCAAGAUCACAACGGUUUCACCCAUCAAGACCCUGGCUUCCUCGACGUCGUCGCCAACAAGUCACCUGAAGUGGUGCGCAUUUACCUGCCGCCAGAUGGCAACUGCCUGCUCUCGUGCAUGGAUCAUUGCUUCCGAAGCACUAAUUAUGUCAACGUCGUUGUUGCCGACAAGCAGAAUCACCUGCAAUACCUUGAUAUGGAAGCUGCAAUUGAACACUGCACAAAGGGUGCUGGCAUCUGGGACUGGGCAUCGAAUGAUCAAGGUCAAGAACCCGAUGUUAUUAUGGCAUCCUGCGGUGAUGUUCCGACUCAUGAAUCGCUUGCCGCUACUGCUCUGCUCCGCCAAUACAUUCCCGAGCUCAAGAUCCGGUUCGUCAAUGUGGUGGACCUGUUCAAGCUCAUCCCACACGGUGAUCAUCCUCACGGCUUGACGGACACGGAGUUUUCAGCCAUCUUUACCGAUGACAAGCCGGUCAUUUUCAACUUCCACUCAUACCCAUGGCUCAUUCACCGAUUGACCUUCAACCGCAAGGGAUCUCACAAUUUGCAAGUCCACGGAUACAACGAGAAAGGAAACAUCGAUACGCCCCUCGAACUGGCAAUUCGCAACAAGACGGAUAGAUUCAGUCUGGCCAUGGAAGCUUUAGACAAGAUGCCUAACCUUGGCAACAAGGGCUCGAGCGCAAGGGAGAAAUUGCUCAACGAACAGAUCAAGUGCAAGAACGACGCCUUCCAUGAGGGUAUCGAUCCAGAGUACAUCAGGAAAUGGGUCUGGCCUUUCUAGACGACUAGAGCGGGAAUUUGAUAACGGCUGGGUAACGGAAAUAACUGGUGGCAUGGCAUCAUGGAAAGGGGCUUUGACCAGCAGGACGAUAUGACCAUGCAUAGAGAUUCUUACGCAGAUGUUAAUGAGAGUAUCAAGCUUUAGAGACCGAGUGCUUUCAGCUGUUCAUCAGUCAGAUAAUAAUAGUAAC